AAAAACCUAGCUGAUAACUUCAUUCGACUCUCGACCGACAACACAACUACAGCGUGCUUUAAAACAAAUCGAGGAUACUACGACAAGUUUUAAAAGAAAAAAAUUGUAAAUAUCGUCAAGUUCAAUCCCUAUACAGUCAUGUUGCUUCUAUUGCUUGCGUGAUUUAAGAAGAAACGUGCAUACGAAAACACGUUGUCGAGUGUUGACUACCGUGCUAAGUUUAGUUGCCUAUUAAAAAUUUCAAGUAAGUUGAGUAAAUUUCAACAACCGUUUCGUGUGUGUUUAGUGAACCCGGCAAGUCUUCGAGUAGUGAUACCAAUGCUAUCAUAAUGCCAAGUACAGGACAAGAUAACCCAGCUUUAGCUCUGGAAGAAAAAAAUGUUCAAUUGACACCGAAUCUUAAUAGGAUUGAAAGCCGAGUAACUAUUAAGGAAGACCUUGAAAAAAAUGAAAUCAAAGACGAAGAAAACUACAUCUAUUUCAUAGUAAAAACAGUCAACGAUAAAUUAAACGAGAAUCCGACGGUGAAAAACUUAUGCAUCAGAGGUCUUGCUCAUGGUGUUGUUUUAUCUUACAUCACGACAGCAAUAAUUCAUUGGAAAAAUCAAGGUUCAAAACCGUUAACGUUGAACGAUGGAUUGGGAUUACUAAUUUUACUUCUAUCACUGGUGUAUUCUGUGAUGAUUUAUUUCAAAGUACUGAAGCCUUUGUAUCAAAGUUAUUUCGGGUCAUCAACCAAAAAAUAUGAACUUUUAUUCUCCUUAUUAUGCAGUUGCAUGGGAAAAUUAUUCUACACCUUACCACCAAUUUUAUUUGCCGUUUUUUUGGCCUACGAUACCGCCAAUGACAGAAGAAGACUGAUUUCACUACUUGGAGUCGGUAGCAUAAUAUUUUUCGGAUUCCUCCUAUCGAAAUAUCCAUCAAGAGUUAACUGGAGCAUAAUUUACAAAGGAAUACUACUUCAAGUAAUCAUGGCAUUGCUCACCAUACGAUGGUCAGUGGGACGAGAAAUUUUGAUAAUAAUUGGAAACAAAAUUGAGAAAUUUUUAUCCUACAGUUAUAUAGGAGCUGCAUUCAUUUAUAGUGAUAAUUUAGUUUACACUCAGGCCAUAUUUGCUUUCCAGAGCAUGUCGGUCAUAUUUUUCGUAAAUUUCAUAAUUGAAAUUUUAUUUUAUUACGAAGUACUUCAAAGAAUGUUCCAGAAACUAGGCUGGGUUUUACAAAAGGCUAUAGGGACCACGGUUAUAGAAUCGAUUAAUUGCUGCGUAAGCGUUUUCCUCGGUUUGAAUGAAGCAUUACUGGUAAUCAAACUUUACAUUCACGAAUUAACUCAAUCCGAGCUACAAGCCGUACUUCUCGGAGCUUUAUCCACCGUUGCAGGCUCGGUAUUCGCUGCUUACGCAUCAUUCGGCGUGAACCCGGGAUAUUUGGUGACAGCUUCGCUGAUGUCUGCUCCUGCUGCUUUAAGUUUAUCUAAACUUCUAUACCCGGAAACAGAAGUAUCUAAAACUACUGCAGAAACGAUUAAAAUUGAUAGCAGUUAUAAGGAGAAAUACGAAGGAGUCAUAUCAGCAGGCUGUGAAGGAGCUUUAUCUGCAGUAAAUAUAGUGCAAAACAUAAUAGCCAGUUUAAUCGCACUCAUAUCGUUAGUGGCAUUUGGCAAUGGUAUUUUAUCUUGGUUAGGAGAAAUGAUAGGUUACGAUAAUUUAACAAUUGAAUCGAUCUUGGCCAAAGCUUUCAUUCCAGUAGCUUACCUCAUAGGAAUAGACCCCGACCAAUGUGAAUUGGUAGGUGAAUUAAUAGCUACUAAAGCAAUCCUUAACGAAUUCGUCGCGUAUAAAAAAUUGGGAACGUUUAAAAAAAAUAAUUUGCUGUCGCGAAGGUCAGAAGCUAUAGCGACCUACGCACUAUGUUCAUUUUCGAACCCAGGUUCUGUAGCAUGCAUGUUAGCUAUGGUAUCAACCUUAUGUCAUCAGCAACUUGAAAAUGCGAGCAAAUUAGCUUUUCGAGCUUACAUAGGUGGUAUCGUUACCUGUUUCAUUACCGCAAGUAUAGCAGGUUUAUUAUUACCACCGGGGGCAGAAAAUAUGGAUCAAAUGGUUUCAGUUUUCAAUGCAACCAUAAUGCCAAACACAACCCUGAUAUGAAAAUGGUUUACAAUUCAGUAUCUGUGUAGUUCCCUUCCCAAUUUUUUAUACCUAAUUUUUAAAAAUAUAUUUUUUUAAUUUUUUUUAA